AUGGCAGUAGCUAAGUCAGGUCUCGCCUACGGCAUCAACAAGGGAUACAGCGGAGUCACUCUCCGUGAGUCCAAGCCCCGUGCUUCCCGCAGAAAGGGUGUUCUUUCCAAGCGCACCGCUUUCGUCCGUGAGGUCGUGAAGGAAGUUGCUGGACUUGCCCCAUACGAGAAGCGUGUUAUUGAGUUGCUCCGCAACUCUAAGGACAAGCGUGCCCGUAAGCUCGCGAAGAAGAGACUCGGUACCUUCGGCCGUGCCAAGAGAAAGGUCGACGAACUCCAGCGCGUUAUCGCCGAGUCCAGGAGAGCUGGUCACUAA